GAGGAAUAACACAGGUCUGGGUAGAAAUGUAGAAACUGAGUGCUCUAUUUAAAUGAGCAUUAUAACUCUCAUCGGGGAGAGUUCCUACAGCAGCGUAACACCAAUGUGCCUUGGGGGCAGAGCUACGUGUAGGGGAGGAGAGGAGAGGACUUCAUUUCGAGGAAACGAAACCUAAGGUACAUAUAAACCAAAGCCAGUCGAAGAGGGGGCAGUUCUCUCUUUCAGUGUCUUUCAGUAAAAUAACACGCAUUUUGGGACGAAAUACCGACGGAAAGAAACAACAACAAGGGAUGGCCACUGCCAACGUUUCCUGGUCUGAGAACUUUUCAUGUUCCAUCUGUCUGGAUGGGUUCAAAAACCCAGUUUCCACACCAUGUGGACACAACUUCUGCAGAACCUGUGUUACAAAGUUAUGGGAUGAACAAGUCAAGUGCAAAUGUCCUGUUUGCAACGAGCUUUUCAACACAAGACCUGAUUUACGUGUCAAUAACCUCUUAUCAGAGAUGGUUGAUCGGUUUGGAACGUCCGUACGAGUAAAAGAGCAGCCUUGUGCUGAACCAGGAGAAGUUCCCUGUGACGUCUGUACUGGGACCCAGCUGAAGGCUGUGAAGUCCUGCCUGGAGUGUUUUACCUCUUACUGCCAAACCCACCUGGAGCCACAUCAGAGAGUCACAGGGCUGAAGAAACAUCGGCUGGUCGAGCCUAUGGACCGUCUUGAAGACAGGAUGUGUAACAAACACGACCGACUUCUGGAGCUAUUCUGCCAGACUGAACAGGUGUGUGUGUGUCAGUUCUGCACGGUGACAGACCACAGGUCCCAUCCUAUUGUGACUCUAAAGGAAGAAUAUGACAUGAAGACGGCCCAGCUGGGGAAGAUAGAGGCUGAAGUUCCACAGAUGAUCCAGGAGAGACAAAAAAAUAUCCAGGAGAUAAAAGACACAGUUAAACGCAGCAAAGCAGACGCAGACAGAGAGAUUGCCGAUGGUGUGCAGGUCCUCACUGCUCUGAUGCGCUGCAUUGAAAAGUGCCAGGAGGAUCUCAACCAAAUGGUUAAAGAGAGACUGAAAGACACAGAGAAACAAGCUGAAGACCUCAUCAAAGAGCUGGAGCAGGAAAUAGAAGAUCUGACCAAUAGAAGCUCAGAGGUGAAGCAGCUCUCACACACUAAAGACCACCUCCACUUCCUCCAGGCCUUCAGAUCCCUGAAGGAUCCUCCACCCACCAGGGACUGUACGAAGGUGGAGAUCCGUCCCCCGUUUUACGUAGGGACCUUGAGGAGAUCCCUGGAUCAACUGAAUGAGAAACUGAACAUGGAGAUUAAGAAUUUGUGUAAUGUUGCUGAACUGAAGAGGGUCCAGCAGUAUGAAGUAGAUGUGACUCUGGAUCCUGAUACAGCUCAUACCCAUCUCAUCCUGUCUGAGGAUGGGAAACAAGUACAUGAGGGAGAUGUAAGGAAUUAUCUCCCAGACAACCGUAAGAGAUUUAAACAGUAUAUGCAUGUUCUCACGAGGCAGAGCUUCUCCUCUGGGAGAUUUUACUUCGAGGUCCAGGUUAAAGACAGGACUGUAUGGUUUUUAGGAGUGGCCAGAGAGUCCAUCAACAGAGUAGGUGGAAUCAUAGAGACCCCUGGGAAUGGUUUAUGGAUUCUUGACUCCAACACCAAUGGGUUGGUAUUUAAAGAUAACCCUGCUGUCUGUCUCCCUCUGAAAGCUAAGCUCCAGAAAGUUGGGGUGUUUGUUGAUUAUGAUGAGGGUCUGGUCUCCUUCUAUGAUGUUGAAGCCAGGGUUCAUAUCUACUCUGCUACUGGCUGCACUUUCAGUGAGCCUCUCUAUCCGAUCCUCUCUGUAGGUUAUCAUGGAGGUAUAAACUCUCCCCCCCUGAUCAUCUCACCUGUCAAUCAAACAGACUAGGGCCUUUGUUUGAUAAUCCAACAAACAAACGACCAUAAACAAAGAAUGUUGUUUUCUGAAUGAUAAUCUCUGCUAUUUGUGAUCUGAGAGGUCUGCAUUGAGGUGCUACUGCUGUCAUUUAACAAGGAGAAAUUCAUUAAGAAAUAUCCCUUACUAUUAUAAAAUAUAGCCCAUUGUAAAUGAUUAGAUUCCACUAUAUUUUAUAAAUGUGUGUUUCCCCUGUUCUUUUUCUGAGUUUAUUGCUAUAAUAUUGUAAAUGGUUGCAGUUAUAACAUGUCUGGGGGAUACGGUUGUUUAUGUUUCAUUACUAUUAGUUUAUAUUCUGGAAUCAUGAAUGACUGAGGCAAUUUAUCUUUCGAUACUUUUCUGAUUUCAAUAAAAUGGAAAAAAAUGGAAUCGGUACAUUCUUUGUGGAAUAGUUAUUUUCAGGGGAACAGGGUCAUUACGUUUGUACACACAUUGUACUAUUUCGAUUUGCUUGGUCAAAUAUUUGAAGAACUUAAACUUCGGUGAUGUGGAUUUUAAAGAAAAGGCACAUACAAAAAUACACCUUAUAUAUCUCUGCUACUGGCUGCAUUUUUAGAGAGCCCCUCCAUCCAUGUGAUCAUGUGGGUGGUCCAAAACAGACUAGGACCUUUUUUAAUAAUAAAAUCACCAAAACAACUGAUGCUGUUUCCUGAAUAAGAAUCUGUACCAUCUGAGAUCUAAAUGAACUGCAUUAAUGUUGUACUACUGUCCUUUAACAAGGAAGAUUUCAUUAAGAAAAUAACCCUGACUAUUAUAAAAUAUAACCCAUUGUAAAUGAUUGCAUUACAGUAUAUACUACUCAAAAUAUGACCAUUAUCAGGCGUUUGUACCCAGAGCGUCCAGUGAGAUGAAGGCCCAGGUCUGGGCUGCUCAGGGAGGACUUUGGGGAUCCUUUGGACGAGGAGUCAAACCAACCAAGCGGGUCCCCUGAGCCCCUCAACAGUCCUGGUUCAUUGUGGGGCUGCAGGGCUGCCGGCUCCCCUGUGAACGCCCCUUCAGUUCAGCUCCAAUAAGAGGAGGACAGGUGUGUCACAUCAGAGCCUAAUCAGCAGGGGACCGGGUCACCCUAUCAGCCAAUCAGAGGGGAUGCCUGAACCAGCAGGGGACCGGGUCCCCCUAUCAGCUAAUCAGAGGUGGUGCCUGAACCAGCAGGUGACCGGGUCACCCUAUCAGCCAAUCAGAGUUGAUGCCUGAACCAGCAGGUGUUUCACCUAGAGAAGGGGUCAGCGAAUAGAAAUAGGAAAAGUAAUCAAAUUAUCGAUUCAAAGUCAUUCAUUAAUUCAUGAAUUGAGAUCCUUCCUGAACUACGGGCCGUUCUGUGCUUCUCUGAGGGCACGGUCGAGCCACCAGGGGCGAGAGAUUAAAAUCACCCAAAGGAUUCCUGGAAUCGUUGAGUCACCGUUUAAUAAACGGUAAAAACAAACUCAGAUAUAAGUAGCGUGUGAAGCGCAGCACACCACCAGAUAUGGCCUUUCUAGUGAGCUUAAAGCGGACAAAAUAACUGACUGACUGACUGACUUUGCUUUCAUGCUGAGUUGUUGGUGACACUU